UGCCUGACAAGUCAAGAGGGAGCAGGAGAGGAGACCGAACCAUGAGAGAGAACUCUACUAGUCUGUCAUCCCAAAGCAUGGCGUUCACUGACUGUAUGCAACCCACUGACCUGUUCACUGAGAAGAAGGGAAUAAAGAGGAAAAACUGGAGGAACAGAAUAAGAUUUCUCUUGAAGAAAAACUCUUCCCAGUCGAUGUUGCAAACAGACAUUACAAACAGAAACAGAUCGAGCAGGCUAACUGCUGAUGAGAUCAACCAAUGGGCGCAGUCCCUUGACACACUCCUCAGUUAUAAAUAUGGGAAAGCUGCUUUCUGCAUCUUCCUCAAGUCCGAGUUCUGCGAAGAGAACAUCGAGUUUUGGACGGCCUGUGAGGAUUUCAGGAACCACACGUCGUCCAAAGACCUGCUCUCCAAGGCCAACAGCAUUUACGAGGAGUUCAUUAAAAAUGAGGCUCCAAAAGAGAUAAACCUGGACUUCCACACCAAAAAUGCCAUCAUCCAGAGUCUCCACGAGCCCACCACGACCAGCUUCCUGGCAGCUCAGAGGAAAGUCUACAGCCUGAUGGAGAACAACUCCUACCCCAGGUUUAUCCACUCCGACCUCUACAGAGAGCUGUGUGCCAGCGCCAGGAGGCAAGCUCAAUAAGUCCUAGUCAAACUAGACACUGGAGUCAUUUGUUUACAGCUGCGACUGCGCUAAUAGACGGCUGAUGAUGUUCAUCCCAGGCACCGCUUCCGGAUAACAGACCCGUAUGCAAAUCCUGAGCGGUGACAUUAGUGUGGAAAAUGCAAAACAGACACCAUUUCUAUUCCAUCCCGCUGAGAGCUUUCAACAAUGAAGUUGGGAUGAUAAGGCCGGGUGCUGCAUGCUGCUGCAGGCAGUACGCAGAGCCUUUCUAGCAGAUGGGAUUAAGGUUCCAUCUUCUUCGCUGGGUCAUUACCUGCACUUUCUUUACUACACACUGUUUAGUGUUUUGAGCGACGAAGCAGA